UCGAGGUUGAUGAAGACUUCGAAGAGUGGUGGAAAUCAUUUUCUUAUCAUUGGGAUAUCUCUAGUAACUGGUAUUGUUCUUCUUGUAAAUGGCUGGAUCCUUAAUGCUGGAAGUGUGUUUGAAAACCGAGCGUUUUCGAACUUUAUCAAGAAACAAAUGAAUCAGGAAAUGGCCGCGGAUAAACUUGGAUUUUUAUUUGCACGAAAGGAAACCAUGACUGAAAUAACAAAAAUGGUCAAGAAGUUCCCACCAUUGCUUGAGAGGACCUUUAUCAGCUGUGAGAAUGAAGGAAAAGUCAAAAGUGGGGAAACUUCUGAAUUCCGUGUGCUUCAGUGGAAUGUCCUUGCUGAUGCAUUGAGCACUUCAAGUCCAACUGAUAACUUUAUCAAGAGUCCACCUGAAGCUCUUCUGUGGUCAAAACGAAAGCUCCGAUUACUUCAAGGGAUAUUGAUGUAUGAUCCAGAUAUCAUAGCUCUAGAGGAAGUUGACCAUUUUGAAGAUUUUUUCUUGCCCUCACUUCAAAAACUUGGAUAUGAGGGACUGUUUGUGGCUAAAAGAGAGUCUCCAUGCCUCAAGUUUGCAAAUAACUCAGGACCUGAUGGCUGUGCUUUGUUUUAUGAUCGAGACAGAUUCUCUCUUCAGAAGCACAGAGAUAUCUCACUAAAGGAUUCUAGUGGAGAAAUCACUAAUCAAGUUGCUUUGAUGGUGAACUUAUUUGAUAAAAUCCAAGGCAAAACUCUUUGUGCUGCUGUCACUCAUUUGAAAGCCAAAGAGGGUCAUGAAGAUUUGCGGCUGAGCCAAGGAAAAAGUCUUUUGCAGUCAAUUUCUGAAUGCAUUGGUGAUGAUAAGGCUGUGAUAGUACUUGGAGAUUUUAAUGCAGAGCCAUCAGAGCCAGUCUGUAAACUGAUGGAGGAUAAUCAAUACUUGAGAAUGAAAAAUGCAUACAUUACUGCAACAGGCAAGAACCCAGAGUUCACAACCUGGAAGAUUCGCCCAGGAAAAGAAGUGAAACAUUCUAUUGACUAUGUAUGGUAUUCUGAGAACCUUAAUGUUACAGGGUGCCUAGAAAUUCCAGAAAGUGAUGGUGUUCCUGAGGAACGCUGCCCUAGUUUACAGUAUCCAUCUGAUCAUUUUUCUUUGGUGUUUGAUUUCUGCUGGGGAUGAAAUCUCCCAUAAUUUCCAAUUACAUAAUAUUUUAAAUUUUGUCAUUGUUUGAUUUAUGGAGACAUUGUUAGCAUGAUGUUGGCAUUGACACGGUGGUGAGAGCAGUCACCUCCCAUCACUGUGGCCCAGGUUUGAUUCCAGGACCUGGUGUCCAAUGUGGGUUGAGUUGGUGUUUGGUUCUUGUCCUCACUCCAAGGGUUUUUUCUCUGGGUCGUCUGCUUUCCCUUCCUCUGCAAAAACCAACAUUCCAAAUUUCAGUAUUCCAGCUGGAAUGAGUGGACUGGAAGAGCCACCUUGUGGAAUGUCCACUCAUCUAUAUAAUUAUUAUAUUAAUAAUAAUAAUAAUAAUUAUUAAUAUUAUUCCAUUCUUGGGUAAGGAACUCACUUAAACAAACACCUUUGCACAGAUUGAAUCAGUUUCAUCCCUAGUAGGAUGGAGAAAGUUGCCAAAGAAAUAUCAUUACACAACAGACAUUCAGUGAAACUAAUGUUCAAGACAACAAUGAAGGUUGAACUAUUUUAGCUGCAUUAUCUAAGUUUUUUAUCUCGGAUUCUGAUGACAGAUAUAAGACAUAAGAAACUCAGAAUUAUGAAGCUGGUUUGAGAAGAAUUUAAACCACAAGGAAGAAUUUACUAUUUUCAUUUUGCCUCAUAUUUAGAUAUACCCCCAAGAAACAUUACAAACAUAUGAUUUUAAAGGAGAAUAAAGAGAACCAAGUGUAACUUAAUUUCUCUAGAGAGCUAUGAGCCUUUUGUUUUAGGUUUAAUUAUCACAUCUUCCAGACAAAGAGGGUGUUAUACAUACCCCAAUAUCAUAAUCCUAUAGCUACACCUCUCUGAGUCAAAAUGAUUGUACAGUGAAAAAAUAAAAGAACAAAUUAGGACCAGUGAAAUCAAGGUGUGUGUA